GUUUACGAAGGAAACACCACUAUAUCCAAGCAGCUGCGCUGCCACUGAGACGAGACGAAUAGAAACUGUAACGGGUCACUCACUCCAGGAAUAUUAUAUUAUGUUUGCCAUCUCCACAUCUCUAAGAACCUCUCUGGCAGGUCACGUGAUCUCGCAGUAGCAGGGAACGCUUUUAAACUGCUCUGGCUUCAUCCAGUCGAGCGUUGAGCGUCAGUGGAGUGGAGAGCGCUAGAGCUUAAUACCACAAUCAUGGCAACCACAACAGCAGAAGCCGAAACCCGUCAAAGACUGCUCCGAAACGUGAAGAAAGAGGUCAAGCAGAUCAUGGAGGAAGCAGUCACGAGGAAGUUUGUACAUGAAGACAGCAGCCAUAUUGUCUCAUUCUGUGCUGCUGUUGAAGCCUGUGUGCUUCAUGGGUUGAAGCGGAGAGCUGCCGGUUUCCUACGAAGCAACAAGAUAGCUGCGCUCUUCACCAAAGUGGGCAAAAGCUUCCCUCCAGCUGAAGAGCUGUGCAGAAAAGCCCAGGAGCUGGAACUGGUCUUUGAGAGCAAACGAAGUCAGUCUCUCUCAUACAGCGAAAGCACCCGUAAGAUGCCCAAAGUCCCAAACUUCUCACCUCAAGCCGUCAGACAUGUGUGGAUCCACACUGCACUCAUUGAGAAAGUGCUAGACAAGAUUGUGCUGUACCUGGUGGAAAACAGCAGUAAGUUUUAUGAGAAGGAGGCUAUCCUAAUGGACCCUGUGGACGGCCCUAUCCUCGCCUCUUUGUUAGUGGGCCCCUGUGCAUUGGAGUACACUAAAAUGAAGACGGCAGAUCAUUUCUGGACGGAUCCUUCAGCUGACGAGUUGGUGCAAAGGCAUCGUAUUCACAGUGGCCAUUGCCGACAAGACUCUCCUACAAAGAGACCUGCCCUCUGUAUUCAGAAAAGACACUCCAGUAGUAGUAUGGAUGAAAGGCCAUCUCCCUCCCCCUCCGCCAGAGACUAUGUGGAGUCUCUCCAUCAGAAUUCCAGAGCGACCCUCCUGUUCGGCAAGAACAACGUACUGGUGCAGCCGAGGGAUGAUAUGGAAGCAAUCCCAGGGUACCUCUCUCUACACCAGACGGCUGACUGCAUGACUCUGAAAUGGACGCCAAAUCAGCUAAUGAACGGCUCCAUGGGAGAUCUCGACUAUGAGAAGAGAUUUCCACCAAAAUUAAAGCUCUGUGGGUUAAGUGUUUACUGGGACUACGCCAUGACAAUCCGCCUGGAGGAGAUUGUGUACUUGCACUGUCAUCAGCAGGUGGACUGUGGGGGAACAGUGGUUCUGGUUAGUCAGGAUGGGAUUCAAAGGCCUCCGCUUCGUUUUCCCCGUGGUGGUCACCUCCUGCAGUUCCUCUCUUGUCUGGAAAAUGGCCUGCUGCCUCACGGCCAGUUAGACCCGCCGCUUUGGUCCCAGAGAGGAAAGGGUAAGAUAUUUCCUAAGCUAAAGAAGAGAUGUCCACAGGGAUCCUCAGACUCUGUCUCAGACAAAGAAGAGGAAGAAGCAACAGAUUAUGUCUUCCGCAUUGUUUUCCCAAACAGCCAGUCAGAAUUUGUGGCACCGGAUUUGAUAGAUCAGGGAGUAAACAUGUGGCAUCCAACACCAAGGAAAUCAUCUUGCUCUUCCUGCUCACAGAGUAGUUUCUCUGAUGGAGCACCGCCCAAUGGAUGCAAUCAUGAAAGGGCCCCUCUGAAGUUGCUGUGUGACAACAUGAAGAACCAAAUCAUCUCUCGGGCUUUCUAUGGAUGGCUUGCGUACUGCCGUCACCUGUCCACGGUACGCACUCACCUGUCUGGCCUUGUCAAUCACAGUAUUGUGGAACCAGAUGUGCCUAGCGACGCCUAUGGAGGCCUCACGACAGAAGUGUGGCAGAAGUUUCUUCAAGACUGCAGUACCUAUGAAGAGAAGGAGUUACUGCGGCUAGUUUAUUUCGGUGGAGUUGAACCUUCUUUGCGAAAGGAGGUCUGGCCUUUCCUGCUGGGCCAUUACCAAUUUGGGAUGUCUGAGGCUGAGAGAAAAGAGGUGGAUGAGCAGAUGCGAGCGUGCUACGAGCAGACAAUGAGUGAAUGGCUGGGGUGUGAGGCCAUUGUUAGGCAGAGAGAAAAAGAACAGCAUGCUGUGGCGUUAGCCAAGUGUUCGUCUGGGGCGAGCAUAGACAGCACCACACAGAGAAUAAUGCACCGUGACUCCACCAUCAGUAAUGAGUCCUCGCAGAGCUGUAGUUCAGGCAGGCAAAGAGAUUCCAGGCUGCAGAGCGACUCUAGCAGCAGUACUCAAGUGUUUGAGUCUAUUGAAGAGGUCGACCAGAUCGAGUCCGAGCCCAAGAGUGAAGAUGCCAAACAGGUUUCCAAAAUCUCAAAUGGAACACCCCAAAAUGGCACCAGUUCUCCAGACUCCGGUCUACCCUCUUCCAGAAACUUCUCCGUUACUUCUGGUCAGUCGGACUCCUUGAGCACAGAGGACAGUGGGAUACAUGACCCAAGCCUUAAAGCUCAACCACAGCUAGCAGUAUCAAAGGAGAGGUUUUCGAGUUCAUCUGGAGAGGAAGGAAAGGUGACUGAGGAAGGUGAGACCAAAUCGAUUGAGAAACUAGGCAUGAGAGAAUAUAGUAGAAUUGAGGGUAACAAAGUGUUGUCUUUGGAUGCAGUCAUGACAAUAUCAGAGAGAAGCAAGAAGGCCACAGAGAGCCUUUCCGAUAAAAGGUCAGAGGUUGAAACUGAGGGAUUGAAAAUGGCUCGAGAUGCCUUUGAGGCUCCUGCAGCAGCUCGCAGCCACAUGACCAAAAUGGAAGUGGGUGAAUCUCCAGAGAGGACUUUGACGUCAGAAAAUGAAGCACUGACAGAGCGCACUGAGUCAGAAAUUCCCAAAGUGACAGAGGUCGAGAAAUCGACUCCUCCAGAGCAGAAGAUGAAUGAGAAUCGGGUUAGUGUGGACUCUGAAAGGUCCCACAUGGGAAUUAAAGAUAUUAGAGCAAUCCGAGAGGAACCUUUGGUAACUAAAGAUCAUAAGGUAUCAGAUGCACUUGAGCGGAAGGUUGUAGCUGACACACUGGUGUCUGUUUCAAAGGACAACGAUACAGAGAAAGAAACCAAUGAAAUAAGCAAAGAGAAAGACUCCAAGACAUGCAUGGAUGACGGCAACGAUGUUAGUGACACACAAAGAGCUUUAAAACCAAGUGAUGAGAGAGAGAACAAGACUAUGAAGACCAGUGAUUUACCCAGUGGAGCUGGAACAGCAGUAAAGAGGAAAGCAACCUUAGUUCUCCCAAAAACCACUGGUGCAGAGCAAAGAGAAGGGAAGGAUGAUUCAAGGAGAAGCACACAUAAAGAAAUCCAGAGGAAUGCUCCAGUAAUUGAGGAGACUGUGGUCCCGCUGGUGCAUGAAGCUUUUAGCACAAGAGAGAUGGGUGAAGCCCAAGAUGAAACCGAGUCAGACGAGUCUCCGUCUGCAAUUGAAAUGGAAGAGAUUCCUACAGCUAAAGUGUCCAUGGUUUGGGACAGGAAGAGUUCACCCAAAAGCAAGGCUAAUGAGCAGGCCGCUGUACCUGUAUUGGAGCUCAGGCUGGAGGAAGUUCAUAGAAAGACCAGCUCUGAAGGAAUGGACUCUGAGGAGCCAGAGAUGGAGAGUCUUUGCCCACAGCUGGAUUCACUGGCUGUAAACACUGAGAAGAAUGAAGCUACCUCUCCAGUUUCCUCUAUAGGCACCACUUAUUCUCAAGAGCUUUUGGACCUUUACACUCUAAAUCUGCAUCGCAUUGAUAAAGACGUUCAACGCUGUGACCGAAAUUAUUGGUAUUUUACUCCUGCUAACUUGGAAAAAUUGCGCAACAUCAUGUGCAGUUAUAUCUGGCAGCACCUGGAAAUUGGAUAUGUCCAGGGCAUGUGUGACCUGCUCGCUCCCUUGCUAGUUAUUCUAGAUGAUGAGGCCAUGGCUUUCAGUUGUUUCACUGAGCUAAUGAAAAGGAUGAAUCAAAAUUUUCCUCACGGAGGUGCGAUGGACACACACUUUGCCAAUAUGAGAUCUCUCAUCCAGAUUCUAGAUGCAGAGCUGUUUGAGCUAAUGCAUCAGAACGGAGACUACACCCACUUCUACUUCUGCUAUCGCUGGUUUCUUCUUGACUUUAAAAGAGAGUUGGUGUAUGAUGAUGUGUUUGCUGUUUGGGAGGUCAUCUGGGCCGCUAAGUGUGUCUCCUCCAGCCAUUUUGUGCUCUUCAUUGCGCUUGCAUUGGUGGAGAUAUACAGAGACAUCAUUCUAGAAAACAAUAUGGAUUUCACAGACAUCAUCAAGUUUUUCAAUGAAAUGGCUGAGCAUCACAAUAUCAAGCAAAUUCUGACUCUGGCUCGAGAUCUGGUGUGCAAAGUGCAGACGCUUAUAGAGAACAAGUAACUCUGAAACCUCUCACCUCUGUUGUUUAUCAUGUUCACAGUGUAACCCAUCAGCCCUUGCUACAAAACAACAGAGAACAUUUGGCCAAAGCUUAAUGAGCUUCAAGCAUAUAGUAACAUUUCAAAUGCCAAACUUCUUGAUCUACCUAGAAUCAGUCAGUGUGCAAUUUUUAAUAGAGUCAUCUGGCUCUUUAAUCAGGUUUUACUGAACAUCAUAGUACAUACAAUUUUAUAAGCAGUUGCUGCUAAUGAAUGGUCAUUCACUGUUUGACUAAGUCUAAAAUGCAGUCAGGAUUACCAGUCACUAGUGACUCAUAGGCUCUGUUCCAAAACCUAGUGAGCUGCCUUGCUGCCUACUGCCUACAUAAACUGAAACUGAACAUCAGAAGUGACUGAUUUGUUUCCAAUUUGAUUCCAGAAGGAUUUGGUGUUAGUAUGUAUUUAAGCUAAUAUAAUGACACUCAUACAGUACAUAGCACACACACACAUUCUGGGUAGAAUAGUCCGUUUAAAUCAGAUUUCAACAAGUAUUUAUAAACAUUUUCUUCAUUCAUGUGAUGCUGUCUUAGAAUUACUUAAGAAAGCAGCAUUAUGUUGCAGAAGUGUGCCUAUGAUGCCUUAAAAUGCUGCCUAUGUGGGCAGCUCACUAGGUUUUGAAACAGAGCAAUCGUUCAGGAGUUCAGGUCAGGUGCAUUUUAUUGCUGAGAGGCGCUCACACUAGAUUUCAUGCUCCAUUCACAUAUGUACACUGCUGUUCAAAUGUUUGGGAUUAGUCUGAUUUUUUAUUUUUUUUUAUUUUUACAUUUUUGGAAGUCUCUAAUUCACACCAAGGCAGCAUUUAUUUGAUCAAAAAUACAGUAAUAACAGUACUGUAAAAACAAUAUUAAAUAACUGUUCUCUAUUUGAAUUUACUUUAAAAUGUAAUUUAUUCCUGUGAUGGCAAAGCUGAAUUUUCAGCAUUAUUACUCAGUCUUUCAGUCUUCAGUGCAACAUUAUAAAUGUAUUUACUGUCAAUUUUGAUGAUUUGAUUAAAUUAUUCCUUUGUGAAUAAUAUUAAUUUCUUUAAAAAAAAAAAAAUUGACUUAAAGGGAUAGUUCACCCAAAAAUGAAAAUUCUGUCAUCA